GUCGAUCCUCGCCUGUUAGAUCUUCAUAUCUAAAGUAGCAUUCCACUAUUAGUUUGUAAUUACCGUCUUUUUGGGAGACUUCCUUGACUCUUUGAGUACCGAAAUCCCGCAGAAGUGCACGGUUUAUAUAGAUUUUAGUUUUUAUUCCUUUCUUUUUGGUGUGUGUGUGACUCCGUAUCUUAAAGUGUCUUCUGAGUCACGUACCCGUGCGACCCCGCCAGAGCUCUUUCUCCUUCAUCUCUGUAGGUGCCACCUUGAAACCACAGAAGGCGAGAUACAGCAACAAGCUUUGACAAGUGCCCUGAGUGCUCCUCUCCUUUUUUUUUUCUCACCUUUCCUCCCUCGUUGAUUCACUUUGCCUUGAAUUUGCUAGUUUUCUUCGACAUCAUCGUUUUCUCCCCUCCCCCUCCUCCUUCUUCCUCUCGCUACUCUGUUCUUUUCCGCAGCUUCACAAACAAACCACAGAGCUUGAGAUUUGUGAGGAGGGAAAGCAGAAGAGGACGUGCUCGUUGUCCGGCUUUUCAUUACUUCGGGAAAAAAAAAUUGGUGUCGCGUUUUGCGUUUUCUUUUUUUCGUCUUUCGAAACCGAGAAAGAAUUUCGGCUCUCUUGUUUUUCCUCAUUUUUUCUUUUUGAACCUCAAUUCUCGUGUGCAGAAAUUCCUUCUAUGUUGCUACCACCACUAGGUGCACAGAUCGUCUCAUUAUUAUUAUUAUUAUUUUUACUCUUCGUUUCCAUUUUGAUCCAUUUUCAUUUGUUUCCAUUUGUGACCGUUAUCUUCGAGUGCGUCUUUGUUUUAUCUCUUUGCCUCCUAGGACUGCCAUUUCUUGUGGAUUGAAGUGGUCUCGACGGCAUAUAUAUUCCCCGUUUGUUUCGUCACACACACCGUGCAAUUUACCAAACAGUUACUCCAACAUUUCGGUUGUUUUUUUUUGCGCCAGUUUGUUAAUAGCUUGUGGCUUACUCGCAAGUCAGUGCACGAAAAGGUUUUUUCUUCUCUUGCGUUCUGUCGCCUAGCUGGGGGAAAAACAAAUACGUAGCGCCGAAAUUGCACUACAUAUAUAUUUUGCUAUUGCGCCUGCUGCUUUACCAAAUAAAUAUGUCUGCCACUAGUGAUGCGUUAAUCAAGAAGGUGUGCAACGCCUUCCCUGCCACCUUCGGCGUGGACACGGACGAUGACAAGACGGCCAGCGAUGGUCGCCACUCCCUCCCCGUCCGCUAUUACCUCGACACCGUUCUCGGUUCUGGCACGUCCGGCACGGUCCUCUACGCCCGCCGUGUGCGAGAUAAUCAGCCAUUUGCCAUCAAGGUGAUGGAUGUGGAGGGGUACACGCCGCAGGAAAUUAUGCGCUCCUCGGGCGAGGUGUGCUGCCUGCUCAGCUGCGACUACUUCUCCAUCGUGAAGUGCCACGAGGACUUCGUCUACCGUGACAAGAAGAACCCCGAUAAUGUGAUUAUGAUGGCGAUGGUGCUCGACUACGCCAACGCGGGUGACCUGCGGCAGGAGAUCCGCAACCGCAGCAAGACGAAUCGCCCCUUUGCGGAGCAUGAAGCUGGUCUUCUUUUUAUUCAAGUCCUCCUGGCCGUGCACCACGUCCACUCCAAGCGCAUGAUUCACCGCGAUAUCAAGAGCGCCAACAUUCUACUGUGCAGCAACGGCCUGGCAAAGUUGGGCGACUUCGGUUUCAGCAAGCACUACGCUGCGACUGUAAGCGAGGACGUCGGCCGCACCUUCUGCGGCACCCCGUACUACGUAGCCCCGGAGAUCUGGCGCCGCCGCCCCUACAGCAAGAAGGCGGACAUGUUCUCCCUCGGUGUGCUGCUGUACGAGCUGCUGACGCUGAAGCGGCCCUUCGACGGUGAGGACAUCGAGGACGUGAUGCACAAGACGCUGGCGGGCCGUUUUGACCCUCUGCCGGACAGCGUCAGCAAGGAGAUGCAGACGAUCGUGUCUGCCCUUCUGCAGAGCGAGCCGCGAAGGCGUCCGUCGAGCAAGACGCUGCUGAACACCCCCACAUGUAAGCUGUACAUAUCAGUGGUGCAGGAAAUCGUGCAGAGCGGCGAGGCUGGAGGCUUCUCGCCGGACCAGGAGACCAUCAUCACGCGACAGCUGAAGCAAACGAAGGAAGAACUGCAGGUGGACCGCUGCCGUCCACAGCUGUCUGCCGAAGAGGUGCUGCGCACGGCCGUGAAGGUAUCGCUGAGUGACGUCCCCGGCCGAAUCGGCUUCAUCCUCUAUGGCGGCAAGCUAUCGAAGCAGAGCAGCGACCUGUCGUGGAAGCGACGCUACGUCUGCAUCUACGGGGAGGUGGAGAAGGAUUGCAAGCUGACCGGCGACUUCGCUUCGUGCGGCGCCUCCCUAGAGUUGGUGCAGGCCGUUUCGCGGGAUACGCUGGAGCAGCAGUGCAUCUCCACCCCGUUCGUCGAGCUGGAGGACGUGUUUCCGGUUAUCAGCAAGUACACCGGCUCUGACGCUGCGCACGCCUUCGCGGUCGCUUUCAAGAACGGUCGACGUAUCUUGUUCGACGCCAAGGACGACGACGACCGCGACGAGUGGAUGCGUGCCAUUCAGAAAUUCCUCGGCAUUGGCGAUGAAGACGACUAA